UAUAUAAUAUGUCAGGGUGCUUCAAAAAUAAAGAACAUAUGUCAGUGAGUGAGUGGAUGUGAUUAUCUUCUUCGUUAUUAUAGUCAUUCGUCUUCUUGUUCUUCUGAUAUACAUCAAAAGAACAUGCCGUUCAACAAUUACGAAGCCUGGAGAUUCUCCACCCAAAAUUACUUGAUAAUUCAAGGUCUCUUCGGCUAUGUGGAUGGAAGUGAGUCUCAACCUUCAACACAUAAUCAUGAUCAACCUGGUUAUGAAGAUCAGCUUAAAAAUUGGAUGAUGAAGAAUGCUAUUGCUCUUCAGGUAAUUAAACUGACAUGCGGAGCAGAAAUGCUUCCUCAUAUUGCCCAUGAAGAAUUGGCUAAAGCAGCCUGGGACAAGUUAGGAGCGGCUAAUUAUGCACAACACGGAACCAACACCGGUAAUGAACCGGCUAAUUAUGCGCAACCAGCCGGAAGUAAUGAUGUACCUCCUGCUGAUAAUGCACAACCUGCUGGAAACAACACCGGUGAUGUAGCAGAUAAUAAUGCCCAACCGGCCGGAAACGAUACCGGUGAUGAAGCAGCUAAUAUUGCACAACCGGCCGGGAAUGAUACCGGUGGUGUACCAGCUAAUAAUGCACAAGUGGCCGGAAAAGAUGCCGCCGAUUAUGUACCAGCUAAUAAUGCACAGCCUGUUGGAGACAUCGGUGAUGAACCUACUAAUUUUCCCCAACCUGGAAACUACUCCGGAGGUGAGCCGGCUAGUUUUGUGCAGUCCGGGAAUAACACCGGUAAUGAAGUAUCUAAUUGUCCACAGCCUGGAUCGAACACUGGCGAUGAACCAGCUUAUAUUGCACAUCCAGGAAACAGCACCAGUCAUGAACCAGCUAAUUAUGCACAUCCUAGAAACAACACCGGCAACGAACCAUCUAACAAUGCUCCACCUGGAAACAACACCAGCUGUGUACCAUCUAAUGAUCCACAACCUGGAAACAACACAAAUGGUGUACCAGCAGUCAUAGAACAAACGGAAGAAGAACAUAGCUAUACCCAUCAUGCAGCUCUAUACCAAGCCAUUCACAAAAAUGAUUUGGAAAGUGUGAAUGUACAUCUAAGAGAUAAUCCAAAUGCAGUGACUGCAAGAAUUACAUCAACAGGAGAGACUGCUCUACAUAUUGCUGCUGUAUCUGGAAGAUUUCGUAUUAUGGAACUAUUAUUACAAUUGAUGCCUAUAGAAGCAUUAGAAAUAAAAAAUAAAAAUGGUUCAGCUGCCAUUGCAUUAACAGCACAAGAAGGAUCCAUAGAAAUUGCCAAGCUCAUGGUUGAGAAGAACAUCAAUGUGUUACGGCUUAAAGAUGGAAAAGACAACAUUCCACUUGUAUUGGCCGCAACCAAUGGAAACGAGGGUAUGUUGCGAUAUUUAUACUCAGUGACCCCCAAGGAUGAACUAGAUCCCAAAUCUGGUAAAAAUGGAGCUACUUUUCUUACAGCUGCCGUUUCGGCCGACAUAUAUGAUGUUUCUUUGGAAGUACUACAACGUUACCCCCAAUUGGCGAUUGCUCCAGACUCGGAUGGAAAUAAUGUUAUCAAUGUGUUAUCCGCUAAACCUUGUUCAUUCCCAAGUGGAAAUCGACAUGGAUUCUUGCAGCAAUUCAUUUAUACAUCUAUCCCUGUUGAGCUCGAUUACUUAUCCCGAGCUGCAGACCCAAGUGGGCAUAGUAUACAGAUAAGCUCCGAACCCAAGGUGCAGACAAUUAGCAAAGCCAGACAACAUGGGCUGGUUUGGAAAGCUCUCAUACUACUAGUUCCAGGUGUAAAAAAAAUAUAUGAAAAGAAGGUGAUACAUGUCCAAGCCCUUGAGCUACUCAGAGUUGUUUGUCUGCAAAUCUCGAAGUUGAAUGUCCAGCAGCUUCUAGAGGCCAGAGCAUAUGAUGCAAUAGUUCGCACUGCAAGGUUUGGAAUUAUUGAGUAUUUCAAGGAGCUCCUUGACUCAUCUCCUAAUUUGAUAUUUUGUGUGGAUGUAAGAAACAGUAACGUAGGUCUAUUUCAAGUAGCUGUUUUAAAUAGGCAAGACAAAAUACAUAACUUCAUAUCGAAGAUGGGUCAAAAGAAUAAUCGGGCACAUGUCAUAAGUGAUUCCGGAAACACCAUGUUGCAUCUUGCUGGAUUCUUGGCACCACCAUCUCAACUUGAUAGAGUGUCUGGCGCUGCUCUUCAGAUGCAAAGGGAAAUACAGUGGUUUCAGGAGGUGGAGAAAAUGGUGCAACCAAAGUUCAAAGACAUUUUGAACAAGGAUUUGCUGAAACCUAGUGAGGUGUUUAGAAAUGAACAUAAAGCGUUGGUAAAAGAAGGAGAGGCUUGGAUGAAAGAAACAUCACAAGCAUGUAUGGUUGUUUCAACUCUCAUUGCAACAGUUAUGUUCGCAGCUGCUUUUACAGUACCAGGUGGGAAUAAUCAAGAUACUGGUUUACCCAUCUUCUUGAAAAAUAAUCCCUUGGCUUUCUAUGUCUUUAUCAUAUCAGAUGCAAUUGCACUCUUCGCUUCAUGCACGUCUAUUCUGAUGUUCUUUGCGAUAUUAACAGCGCGCUAUGCUGAACAAGAUUUCUUGAGGUCUUUACCCCAAAAGUUAAUUCUUGGCCUUGCCUCUCUCUUCAUCUCUAUAGCAGCCAUGAUGACAACUUUUGGAGCAACCCUUGUUAUUAUUCUUCAUGGGAAUGUUACUUGGGCUUACGUUCCGGUGACUAUGUUGGCAAGUGUACCAGUUCUCUUAUUUGGUUUCUUACAAUUUCCUCUCUUUGUUGACAUAAUUCUUUCUACCUAUGGUCCUAGUAUUUUUCAUAAGCAAAAAAAUAUCAAAAAGGAAUAAUGAAGCGAGUGGUGUUAACUCUUGAGAAGCUCAAUGUUUAAUGAGUUCCAAGCACUGAAUUUAUAGAUAGCUCUAAUUUUGGUUAUGUUGAAUGGUAGCUUACAUAUUAGCUGCAGUUUGUAAUGCAUCAUUGUCAGUAAUUUGUAAUAUAUCAAAAUAGAACCUUCUUUA